UUCCCAACUCUAGCUACAGCUACUGUGUUACCUGGCUAUACGUACAUAGCUAGCUCCUUAACCUCCAGGCGGUCGAAAUCGUAACGACGUUGGCAUGGCGAUCAGUGUAGCUAUGCUUUGGUUACUCGGUACUGUCGUGUUAACAACGUUGGCGUCCGCAGUCACCCCGCCCGAGGGCUCCAAGAAUCGCCACUACGAUUUCGUUAUAAAAAAGACUAACUACACAAGGCUGUGUCACGAGAAGACCGUGCUCACCGUGAACGGCCAGUUCCCCGGUCCGACCAUCUACGCGCGCAAGGGCGACAUCGUCGUCGUCAACGUCAUCAACCAAGGCAACAAAAACAUCACCAUCCACUGGCAUGGUGUGGACCAGCCAAGGAACCCGUGGUCCGACGGCCCGGAGUACAUAACACAGUGUCCCAUCCAGCCCAGCGCCAACUUCACCUACACGGUGAUCUUGUCCGAAGAAGAGGGCACGCUGUGGUGGCAUGCGCACAGCGACUUUGACCGCACCACCGUCCAUGGCGCCAUCGUCAUCCACCCCAAGAAGGGUACCACCUUUCCCUUCAAGAAGCCACACAAGGAGAUACCUGUCAUCCUCUGUGAGUGGUGGAACGCCGAUGUGAACCGUCUGCUCCAGGAGGCCAAACGGACUGGUGGCGAGGUCAAUAUUUCUGAUGCGAACACCAUCAACGGCCAGCCGGGAGACCUGUUCCCGUGCUCCAAGAACGGCACCUUCAAGCUGCACGUGGAGAGUGGCAAGACGUAUCUGCUCCGGAUCAUCAACGCGGCACUGGCCAACGAGCUCUUCUUCGGCAUCGCAGGGCACCGUCUCACAGUGGUUGGCACAGACGCGCGCUACACCAAGGCGUUAACCGUCGACUAUAUCAUGAUCUCGCCGGGCCAGACCGUGGACGCGCUCCUGGAGGCCGACCGCGCCGCGAACGGUUCGUCCAAUUGCCGGUACUACAUGGCGGCACGGACGUUCGCGUCGAACACCGGCAUCGACUUCAAUAACAGCACCGCCACAGCCAUCGUGGAGUACACGGACGCGCCACGUGCCACACGCGCGGGCACGCCGGACUUCCCCAACCUUCCAGCCGUCAAUGACACCGGCGCGGCGACGACAUACACAGAGCAGCUCCGGUCCUUGGCCAGCAAGGACCACCCCGCAGACGUGCCGGCCCAUGUCGACGAGCACAUGCUCAUCACCAUCGCCGUCAAUGUGCUCCCAUGCACGGGCAACAUGACGUGCGAUGGUCCACUCAGCAGCCGCUUCGCCGCUAGCCUCAACAACGUAAGCUUCCAGACCCCCUCCGUCGACGUCCUCGAUGCCUACUACGGCUCCGUCCGCGGCGUGUACGAGCCAGACUUCCCCGACAAGCCGCCCUUCUUCUUCAACUUCACCGACGACAAUGUCCCCACGGAGCGCUGGUUCACGAAGCGCGGCACCAAGGUGAAGGUACUCGAGUACGGAGCCGUGGUGGAGGUGGUUUUCCAGGACACUGCCAUUCUAGGCGCCGAGACCCACCCGAUGCACCUGCACGGAUUCGCCUUCUACGUGGUGGGAAGAGGGUUCGGGAACUUCGACAAGCACAAGGAUCCGGCCACGUACAACUUGAUCGACCCGCCGUACCAGAACACCGUCUCCGUGCCGAAGGCUGGUUGGGCCGCAGUUCGCUUCCGUGCUACAAAUCCCGGUGUGUGGUUUAUGCACUGCCACUUCGAUCGUCAUCAGGUUUGGGGGAUGGACACUGUGUUCAUCGUAAAGGAUGGCAAGACCCCCGAAGCUAAAAUGAUGCGCCGUCCUGCGGGCAUGCCUAGGUGCUAACUUGCGUGAUUAUACGGAGUGUGAUAGCAUCAGUGUUACAGCACAAUCCAGAAUAUAAUUAUGGGUCUGUCUAGGACACAUCUAGAUGUGACAUAGUUAUGUCACAUCUAAGCUGAUUUUCACUCUGUUUGUGGUCUAUUUUUUUGUCCUAGUUUUUUUUGUUUCUUGUUGAUGCAUUAUAUACUUGUGGAAGGUUAGAUGUGAUAUCCUUAAAAAACAUCUAGAUGUGAAUUAGACAAACUGUAUAAUUAUUGUUUAGUUAAUUGAUGAAUUUAUUUUGCGUUUUUUAAGAAUAUAUAUCUGGAAGACUAAACAGGUUUGUUCAAUUUUUAUUAGGAUGAAUAGGAGAAGAUCUUUUUGUCAUUCUAUGAUGUAAAUUCUGCUUUGUAUUCAGUUCUUAAAAGUAAACAAGUAGUGGUAUUUUUGGAUACUUGCAUA